UUACAUUUUAAUAUAUUUACUUAUUUAAAAUAUUAAUACGGUGAAGAAGUUUGUACUGGAGGAUAUAAGUGCUUAAGAAAGUGGAGGUGCACUCAGAGACUAUCGUGAAAUCGAAGGUGAAGGAUGUCCCAAUACGUCUAUUCCAUCGUGUUAUUAAUCGCGAUCUCUUCGCAAGGAUACGCGCAAACAAAAGAUAGUAAAUGCGAUGAUCCUGGAAAAUGGUGCGAAAACAUUUGGUAUUGCAAAGAGGAUUCGUAUCCGGAGAAAUACAAAACUUGCGGUAACGACGGAUUAGUGGAUCGAGUGUGCUGUGAUCCAAUUUACAAUCAAACGAAAAGCAGAAAACAAUGUGAUGCGCUUUACAAGAAAAUAGAAAUCGAUGAAUAUGGGAACAGAGAUUAUGAUUCCAUCAAACCAAGUCCCGACAUAUUAACAGAGAGUUUUCCUUACGUUGCGGCUUUGGGACAUCGCAAUGGAUCGAAGACGGAUUGGCUGUGCGCCGGUAGUUUGAUCAGCAAUAAAUACAUUUUGACAGCUGCCAAAUGCCUAAAUGGAAAUGUGAAUAUUGUUCGACUUGGAGAUUUGGAUUUGAAUAGGGAUGACGAUGAGGUUGAUCCACAAGAGUACGGAGUUAUAAAAGAGAUCAAACAUCCCAAGUACAUAGCACCGGCAGUUUACAACGAUAUAGGUCUCAUCGAGUUGAAUAGUAUGGUGAGAAUCACGAAAUUCGUGAAACCAGGUUGCAUCUUCGACGAGUCAGAGUUGAGGGAUAAACUGUGGCAGGAAUCAGGUUACAAGGAUCCUGGAAGCAAGGAUGUCUUAACGUCGAUUGGUUUGAUUGAGUUGGCGAAACGCGCAUGCCAUCUUUACUUCAAUUCUGAUAGAUUUGCAAAUCAAAUUCCUUUUGGUCUUGAUGAUGACACGCAGCUUUGCGGUAGCUCGGUGUAUGCGAGAGGAGAUUGUCAGACGGAUAUUGGAGGUCCUUUGAGUCACAGAGAUUUAAACUACAUUGACGCCAAUUUCAUUAUUGGCGUGGUAACAAUUCCGAAACCUUGCUCCACCACUACGAACAAACCCGGACUUUACACCAGAGUUUCCAAUUACGCUCCGUGGAUCGAGUCGAUCGUAUUUCCAGAAUCAUAAAUACUUCUUCUUUCCUCCGUCUUCCAUCUUCAUAUCACUUCAUAUAUCAUGCAUUUUUCGUAAAUAAAU